UGGUUCUUAAAGUUCUUAGAGUUUACAUUCUAUUUAGUUUCGAUUUUUCAUUCAAAAUUUUGUAAAAAUGUUGGGUUUACAAAUUUGGAUUAACCAGCUAAAAAAGGAUCCACGAAAACAGGUCGAAUCCGUUUGGAUGCGCUGUAAAUCAUGGCGUAAUUUAAGCGAUAAGUCCAUGGAAUGCAAAGAUGAAGGCGCCGGUAAAAAGAACAAGAAAAUGCCCAAAAAAUUGAGUCUGAAAAAUGUGGAAGUGGAGGGCAAAAAAGUAUUUAUGAGAGUUGAUUUCAAUGUGCCCAUGAAAGAGGGAAAAAUCACGAAUAAUCAGCGUAUCGUAGCUGCUCUACCAAGCAUUAAGUACGCCCUCGAGAAGAAGUGCAAAUCAUUGGUUUUGGCUUCCCAUUUAGGGCGUCCGAAUGGUGAAAAGAAUCAAAAAUUCUCAUUAAAACCGGUGGCUAAGGAGUUGGAAAAAUUAUUGGGCAAACCUGUGUGCUUCAUGGACGAUUGUGUUGGUCAUGAUACAUUGGAGGCCUUGAAGAAUCCACCAGAUGGAGCAGUUCUACUUCUUGAAAAUCUCCGAUUCUAUGCAGAAGAGACGGGAAGCACAAAAGAUAAGAAAAAGAAGAUAAAAGCAGAUCCAGCCAAGGUGAAAGAAUUUCGCAAAAAAUUGUCUCAAUUGGGCGAGAUCUAUGUGAAUGAUGCAUUCGGCACUGCCCACCGAGCUCAUAGCUCCAUGUUGGGAGAGGGGUACGAAAUCAGAGCUGCGGGCUUUCUUCUCGACAAGGAACUGGAAUACUUUGCCAAAGCUCUACACAAUCCAGCCAAACCAUUUUUAGCCAUUCUAGGUGGAGCCAAGAUAGCGGACAAGAUCCCCUUGAUAACGAACUUACUCGACAAUGUCACAGGAAUGAUUGUGGCUGGUGGCAUGGCAUUUACUUUUCUCAAGGUCCUUAAUUCGAUGGAGAUUGGCAAGUCGUUGUACGAUGAGAAGGGCUCCAAAAUGAUUUGCGAUAUAAUGGCCAAGGCCAAGGAGAGGAACGUACAGAUUAUGUUGCCAGUGGAUUUUGUGUGUGCCAAUAAAAUUGAACAGAAUGCCGAUAGAAUAGAGCUAAUUAAUGCUCAACAAGGUGUGCCCAAGGAUCUGAUGUGUCUGGAUGUGGGUGAGAAAUCCAUGCAACUCUUCGCUUCUGCCAUUUGUCAAGCCAAGACAAUUGUGUGGAAUGGUCCACCGGGUCUAUUUGAAAUAGAACGUUUCGCCAAUGGCACCAAGGCCAUGUUGGAGGCGGUCAUCAGUGCCACUGCUGAUGGAGCUGUCACAAUUGUGGGCGGAGGAGAUACUGCAACGGCUUGCAAGAAAUUCGGCGGUGUCGAAAAAGUAUCCCAUGUCUCCACGGGCGGCGGAGCCGCUCUAGAGCUGCUCGAGGGCAAAAUACUUCCUGGUGUGGCUGCGCUAAGCGAUGCCAAGCAAUAGAAAUUAGACAAAUUUUAUAUGCAAUACAAGACAAUGCGGUUUAUACUAUAGUGGAAUAACAUGAUAAGGAUUAGAUUAUAUAAAAUUUUGGAUAUACAUAUAUUCAUUCAUAUUCUGUAUCUGCUGCGAGAGUUGAAAGUUGCAAAACAAGAUCUCAUAUAGAUGGUCAAGAAAUUUUUAAAAUCAUCUUGUAAAUCCAAAGUUUUUAACUUUCCACAAGGAACAAGUUAGUUAUAAUGAAAAUUGAAAUAAACAAAGCUUUUGAAAUGUGA